CGCCUUCGCGCCCGGGACGCCGGUGUGGGGCGGCCGGCGCGGCGGGCGCGCUCAUGAGGCCGCCGCCGGGCGGGAGGACGCGGAGCCGCGGCUUCUCGCUGGGAGUCCUCGCCCUCUGCGUGGCCGCCGCCCGCUGUCUGCAGAGUCAGGGCGUAUCACUGUACAUUCCCCAGCCAGCCAUCAACGCCACGGUGGAAGAGGACAUCCUGCUCUCGGUUGACUACUCCUGCCAUGGGAUCCCCACCAUCGAAUGGAAGUACACGUCCAGCUGGGGAGUGCAGAAGAUCGUGGAGUGGAAGCCGGGGACUCAGGCCAACAUCUCCCAGAGCCAUAAGGACAGGGUAUGCACCUUCGACAACGGCUCCAUCCAGCUCUUCAGCGUGGGCGUGCGGGACUCCGGCUCCUACAUCGUCACGGUGACCGAGCGCCUGGGGAGCAGCCGGUUUGGCACCAUCGUGCUGCACGUCUCAGAGAUCCUCUAUGAAGACCUCCACUUUGUCGCUGUCUUCCUUGCUUUUCUCGUUGCCGUGGCCGCACUGCUGAUCAGCCUCAUGUGGGUUUGUAAUAAGUGUGCCUAUAAAUUCCAAAGGAAGAGAAGACACAAGCUCAAAGAAAGCACAACAGAGGAGAUUGAGCUGCAGGAUGUAGAGUGUUAGCCAAGGCCAGACCCAGUGACAUUCCUACCUCAAGAGGAAGACGUGAUUUUCCAAGGAAAGGAACACACGCGGCCAGUCCCGCCCGAGCCUCUUGUUCUGCCGUAGCCACACGUUGCUGCUGGGAUAGCUGCAUGUUGACGACGAUGACUGCCUGGAGCUGGACUCUGGAUUGGACCACGUCAGUCCCAGUGGCGUGGAGGUCAAUGAGGAGGAGGGCGGGGCUGUGAGCCGGCGCUGUGCUCAGCCCUGGGGCCACGGCAGCCCAGUGCCGGCGUUAGACUUUCCCUCCUGAGGCCCCAGGGGAGGCCACUGUGAGGAGAGCAGCUCAUCUCCACGCGGGCGGCCCCCUGACAAGCUGGGGACACCACCUGUGUGAAGGCUGCGGCUGCAGGAUGGGCAGGAAAGUCACCGUGGCUUCGAACCUACCCCCUCAGUCACUCACGCUUCCCGGCACGCCAGGGCCUCGCUGGCUCCCAGUGGGCUGGGGAACACCUGGCCCUCACCUGCCUCACCCUCUGAGUAUCAAGUGAAGCCUACAGUAGCACAGAGCACUCCGAGCAAUUAAAGGAAGCUGUGAAGAAUCUUCCAGAGCCUAGGACGCAAUGAGAGCUAUGCCGGGUCCUGGAGAAAGUCAAGCACCCUGGAGUGCUGGGGCUCCAGGUCCACUGGGGAUGGGCCACAGCUGGUCCUGGCCCUUAGCCUCCGAAGUCACUGGCCACCGUGGGUACCUGUAUCUCUCCGUGCCAGCCUCCUUUCAGCAAGUUCUAAAGCAGGCCUAAUUUAUCUUCCAUUCUCCUUUUUCUCUCCAACAUUCUUAGCUACAAAUCAAAGGUACCACUCCGUUUAUUGGUGGAAUUUGACCUUAUUAGCUGUGUCCCCAGCCCUCAGCUGCAGAUUCACCCAUGCACACAUGAAGGAGACCUAGAACAUUCUCUUCUCCCUCCCUCCAAGUCCCAAGUGUCCAUAUCACUUCAAGCAAGUUGCCUGGAGAUAUUAGUAUGAGGCUUUUGCCUACAUACUGUCUCCAGGGUUGCAGGAAGGAAUCCUUUGGGGUUACAGGAGCUAUCAUUGAUCCAGAGGCAUUACUUGAUUCAGAAUGCCAGAGAGUAGCUAAUCCGCAUGACUGAUUUGUAGCCCAAGCGCGUGACAGAUACGGGUCACCUCGGGCCACCUCGGUCACAGAGGUGUACACAGACACACCUGUGCCCUUUCCCCAUGCAGCAGCCAGUGGAACCAGACCUCCGCCAUGGAGGACAGGUUUCUUGUACUGGUCUCCAGCACCAUGAGGAAGCAGGAUGAGACAUGCCAGAAAGGAUCAACCUGACUGUCCCUUUUUCUCACAGCAAGCCCAUUAGCAGGAAAUCGGAUUAAAUCUAGUUAGCUGUCAGAACCUCUGUCCUCUUGACAGCUUACCUGCCUUCCAGAACUCUGCCUCUCAGCUUCUCAGAAGUCAAGGGUGGUAAUCUUCGUAUAAAAGGAGAAGUGGAAAAGAAUACCCAGCGAGACGUACCAAUCCAGAUAUAAAUUAAAUUUGCUCCCCCACCCCAAAUCUUCAUCAAAGGUUGUUCCUUCAGCUUUCCAUGUCUCUAUUUUGCACUUUGAAAGCUCCCCCCAGUUUGAAUAUUCCUGUGGAAAGUUCUUGAUUCUUGAGCCUGGGAGUUCUAUUUUCCAAAAAAGAAAACAUUAAAUCAUAGAGGUUUAGCCACUGAACAUGUUAAACUCUAAGUUAUGUUUCAAGCUGUGAAAAAAAAUAAACUGUUUUAAAGGCUGAAAUAAAACCUAAAAAUAAAGCCCCAAUCCUUUAUUUGUGAGCCUAUCCCUGCAGAGAACUCAGAGGCUUAGAAGAGGUUUCUGUCAGCCACAGACAAGCAAAACCCUCAGCCAGAGCCAGGGGCCUGGCAAAGUUUUAAUCGACAGUGGAAUUAAUCACAUUGAUUCUAACCAUAAAUAUUCUUCAGCAAGUCAGAAAAACACCAUUAUUCUCCCCUGCAUUAUAACCAGACUAAUUUGAAGCUCUUGCUUCCAGAAUGUGACUUACAAUUCAGUAGAACCCUUCCUGCUUCUGGAAGGGGUCAAAUCGAGGAUGUGGAGGGUGUAUCACCCAGUCAACGGUGCGUAGGACGCGGGACAGAACGUACGUACCCUGUGGACAGAAUGUCCUGUCUGAGACUGUGAGCUCAAAAACCCAGAAGCAUGUACACUUCUCUCUCAUUUCAUGGUGUUCCAGGUGGCCGAGGAUUGCUGCAAGAGAACCUUGGUCCUCUGGAGUCGAGGGAGAUGAUAAACACCCCACGGGACUUCAUGCUCCCUCUGAUUUGAAAUUGAACCACACACAGCUGAGGAGCCCAGGCAGUGAGAGAGAGCGAGGUUAUCAGCAUGUCUGGCUCAGUUCAGGGAUGCAGAGACAAGGCCUGAGAGAGUAUUGGGUUCAGAAAGGCUAGGUGUCUGUACUGAAGGCAGAGAAGAGGUGGCAGACUAGAAUGCUAGGAGAUGGAACCACGAGGAGCCGAAUGUGAUGGAGUGAAACUGCAGGGCCGUUGGGUGAAGGAAAACCCUGUCUCCAUCAUCAGCCUUUAUAUAUCCAGUUUGUUUCUUCUGCCCAGUUUCCAGGAAGACUCGGAUGCUUCUAGUUUGCUGAAAGCAGAGCAUGUCCUUGUGAUCGCGGGCAGUGUGUCUAUCCACAGCUCAGCUUCUGAUAAGGAAUGACGUGAAUCUCCAGUACGUGCGCUUGUCUGCACAUCCAUCACCCGUCCCCACUGUAAGCUUUUCCAACCCUUCAGAACACAGUUACUGGGUCCACUAUUUAUACUGCUUUUAAUUAAAAUAAACUUUUUAUUGUAGUGUAGUGAUAGCUUACAGUGAACGAUAUCAGAUUUGUGAUCUUCAAAGAUUUAGCAUCGGGACCAGGGACCAGGCUUGAUCACUCAAGAGCUUUUGUGUAGCAGAGUUUUGUUAAAGUAUAAAAAGGCACAGAGAAGGCUUCUGACAUAGACACCAGAAGGGUGAUGGAGAGUGCCCUCUUGCUAGUCUACACAAGGGAGUUAUAUACUUUUUAAUUAGUUAUUACAAUAAAUCAAGAGUGUCUCAAGGUUGUAAAGAUCUUACUAGACUCACUCCCAUAAUUUACAUUUUGAGAGAACAGGAUUAGCCA